GUUCAAUAUGGUGGUAUGUGAAUUCGUGUAGUUCGCGAAUAUGUUGUUUGGACGUAUUAGUUGCAUUUGACUUCGCAAGACGACAACUGUUAAUUCCAUCACACUAAGGAUCGUAUCUUCGGAUAAUUCUUCGUGACAGUUUGACGUGUGUAUAAAAUUUACGGAUAAUGGAUGAGGAAGUUCUAACUACUCUGAAGAUACUGAUAAUAGGCGAGAGUGGUGUUGGAAAAUCCAGUUUAUUAUUGCGUUUUACGGACGAUAAUUUCGAUCCUGAUCAACCAUUAACAAUUGGCGUGGAUUUCAGACAUAAGAAACUAAAAGUCAACGGAAAUUGGGUAAAGUUAGCAAUAUGGGAUACGGCAGGCCAGGAGCGGUUCCGAACCCUCACGCCGAGUUACUACAGAGACGCACAAGGUGCCAUUCUAGUCUAUGACAUCAGCAACAGGACAUCAUUUGAUCGGUUGGAGACGUGGUUGAAUGAACUGGAUUUGUACUCAAACAGACAAAACAUUGUUAAAAUGGUUGUCGGAAAUAAGAUAGAUGUGGAGCAAGAGCGGCGCGAAGUGACGAAAGAGGAAGGCCUGAGCUUCGCCCGGAGGCACGCAACACUGUUCAUAGAAUCCAGUGCCAAGACGCGCGAAGGGGUGCAGAUGGCUUUUGAAGACCUUGUGCAGAAGAUAAUUGAACAGCCCGGCCUGUGGGAGACAGGAGGUCCGGGUUCGAUCCACGUGCGAGAAGAGGACAGUGGUGAAGGUGCUCCGGCCUGUGCUGGGUGGAAGUGCCGGCUCGUCUGAGGUCUGCGGCCGGCGCGUCCGCCACCUGGGAGGGGUGUGCCGGGACGCGCGCGCUUGUGUAAAUGGAGGCGUAUCUGGAGACUCCUACUGAUAUGGCAUCAUGUCCUAUCAGUUCUCAUUUUGUUACACUGACUAACAAGUUGUGUUGUAAUGGAGUUGUAAUGUCUUUGGGACGAGCGGGAGGGAGGGGCUAAGAGAGAUGUAACAACUGUAUCAUAUGGUUGAUUUUUAAACUGUCAUUUUUAUCAGUACUGUCAUGUGCAGUCUUGUUUACAAAUGGAUGCUUUUUAGAAGUUUAAAUGCAUGUUUGAUAUUAAUUUUGUAUAAUUGUGUAGUCCACAGCACUUGGUAAAUUAUAUGUAUAUAGCAUAAUGCAUUUUUGUAUGUUUCAAUAUGUAGAAAUCUGAAAUAAAUUUUGCGAAGCUCGUACCUGUUACACAUUGGCCUAACAGCUGUCUUGUGAAUACAGAGAAAGAGCAAUGUUAUAGUGGGCAUUCCCUGUAUUGGGCCUGUUCGUCAUCUUUGUAAUGUUGUUGUUAUUAUUAUUAUUACUAUUAUUUCACCUUCUAAUAUUACUAUUAAUAAUAAUAAAGGAUAUUUAAAAGCACUGAGUGUGGGACCAUGAUGAAAAAGAACUGUUUUAUGUUGAGAAAUGUGAUGGUAUUUAUAACUGUUUAUUACAGUCAGGUUGUCAUUAGACGCCAACUUCAAAUCUCUGCAGCUCUGUUACAGCAUAAUGUGUUAGCUUCAGUGCUAUUUAUGGGUUGGCUCAACAUAAGAUACUUAUUCCACUGCAAAAUUAAGAAAUUACAGCUGUGACUAUAACUAAAAGGUUUAAAAUUUACAUGAAUGCUGAGUAUUUUAAUUUGAUUUAUCAUGCACUUUUUAUAGUACAUAACCACACCUGAUGUGUGCUGGGUUUUGGUCUUAAAACAUGUGGUUAUGCAUACAAUACUAGAUCACUCCUGGUGAUGUAGUCCCACUGCAAACUUGGAAUUGAGGUUUUGGAGUGCAGACAACCACUAGAAUUACAGAAUUACUUAUGUAAGUCUUUUGCACAUAUCCUUGUCUGUGUACUCGUCAACUCGUAGUACACCAGUUCAGUUUUCACACACUUAUGCUCGCAUCUUAAUAAAUUGUUAAACUGCUGGGAGUUUGACAGUCCUGAUAUAAUCUUCACACAAUAAAUCUCGGGGAUUUAUUGAAAAAUCGCAGAUUGACACACUUGCAGAAAUUGUAACUCAGAGCAAUCUGUUCUUUCCACCUUUCAACUAAUCAAAAAAAAGAUGUCAUUUUUGUGGGCCCUCAGACAUUCGUGUCAAUCUUAGUACAGCAGGGUGCAUGCAUAAUAUUUCGUGAAGUGGACUGCAUUACAUGAUAGUGAAACAUCUGGAAAACUAGAAAUUUUCAGGGAAAAGAAUUUACUGUUGCACUUUAACAAGUAAUUCUUCUACGGAAUAAUGUUGUCAGUCAGGUAGAAACAAUUUCCAUGUUUACCUUUUCUGCCUGUCUGCUAUUUUACAUUAAGUGAUCAAAAACAUUGGCAGCUGCUUUCUGCCCAACUUUUUGUACUAGACGAGCUUAGUGUGGAAUGAUGAAUGUAAAUUUUUGUCAUGGCAUUGUAGUGAUGUACAUCAUUAAUCCUUUUGAACAGGGUAUUGUACAAAAUAUCACCGCCUUCAAAUUUUACUUAAUGUGCAUCAAAACAGUGAGGCUAUAUUUCAUUACGUUACUGAUUUUGUUUAAAGUGGAAUUAAGUUGUAUAGAGCAUAUUACAUCAAGAUUAAUAUUUCGAGUGUGUACCUUGUGCCUUUUUAAAAGGCAUGAAUGCGGUGUAUCAUUGAAGCUACAAGUCUCUCAUGUGUACUAAAUUCAGUUUCAUGGUUCCAAAUGUGAACAAUUUUCUCAGUUAAUUUUCUUCUACUGGUACAACAGUAUUUAGUUUUUUAAGUAUUGUGUGGGAGCUAAGAUUGUCCCCAAUGGUGGCUGUCUUCCCAUCCUGGUGUUUCAGAAUCGGGAGAAUCGUAUUCAUAAACCUAUCCUCAAAUGCAGUGUGGUUGGAUCCUCCAGACUGUGUAUGGUUGUCUGAUAUUUGGGUUACAUACUUUCCCCGAGGUAUUCCAUGUAUGUUUGGCAUGUACCUACAUGUACUGAAGUAAACUGUCCACCAGCACUGCCACAAAACAUGAGAUGCACUUGUUUUUGUGGAGUUUUGAGUUCUUUCCAGUUACUUAAUACCAAAUUUUAUAAUUACUUUCAAAGAACAAGCACCAUCUAUGAGAUUGGUUUCAUCUUAGUUCCAAAUAUUGGAACUUGGAAUUCCAACACUAACAUGCUGUCACAAAGUUACCCCAUUACUCUGUCGAAAUAACUUUUUUUACUUUCCAAUGGCUGGAGAAAAUGUUACUCAUUUCAUUUUUAUUUUAUUUUAGGGAAUGGUUGACACAAACAAUUUUCUUUAUAUCAACAUCCCUCAGUCAGCUUUCAAAGCUCCGUGUGUUAGAUGAGUUUUCAAGGAAUUUGCUAACAUAUUUUUCCACCUGCAAACACAAUAGCUUUGUGACCAGAUCAGGUGUAAUGUGUGUGUUUGUAAUUUCCACCACUGAUGUGAGCUCAAUGCAAGAACACACACAAGAACAAAAAGCUAUGUGCUCAUGGUACAAAGUGAAAUAGUGGUCACAAGGUUGCCCAUUUUUGUGUAUGUUUAGUAUUUGCAACAGUAAAGUACCAUUUACCUUCAAAGCCAAGAAAUUAAAAUAUUCAAACAAAAUUCUGCACAAGUAUUGUACCAAAGGGGACUGCUAUUAGAUCUAGAAAUGACAAUAUGCAGUGGCUGCAGAAGUACACAAAAAGAAACAGUACAGGCAAAUACAUUCAUGGGCUAUGAUACAUAUAAAUACACAUUUGUUUUUUCUAGGCAUCUUCUGGUGAAACAGCUGUACAGGCUAUUGUAUUCAGUUCUGCUCAGUCUUUGACUCACCAGAGGGAUGUUUACCUUGGCCCGUGUAUCAGGUUGUGUAAUUGUUCAGUUGUUUCAAAUGGACCAGUCUCUCUCUAUCUCUAAUAGGGAACACAAACACCGGCUACAGUGACUGGAAAUAGCUUUGGUAGUUAGUUGCGCUGGUACUGUCUUCAUCAUUUUUAUUAUUCUUUUCUGCAUAAGCGAAAUGUUUUUAGGAGAGCUCCUUAAAAAGGGAUGCCAAAUGCCACCCUGACAAAAUGGCAUAGCUUUGCCAACUUUAAAUUUAUUUUUUCAUUUUUAAAAUUUUAUUAUUUUUUUGUUAGGUACUAAAGAAGGGUUAACAGGACUAUAUGGGAAGUUCGAACAGACAACUGCGUAAACCAUUAAGAGGGGAUGUAUACCGCAGUACAAAACGGACUGGCAGAAAUUUCGUGUGUGUACUUUGCUGACUGAUGGUUUUGAAUUUGUCUAAUUGUGUGCAUGUGUUAUUUUACCUGUGUGAAUUCGUCAAUACAGAACUUGUUUUAUGUUUAUGAUGUAAUAGUAAUAAUGAGAUACCACUAAUAAAUGGGAAAACCCCAGAGAUGCAAGGCAACAGGGAGAAGGCAACAAGCUGUUUGUAAAUCAUAAUAGCAAUAGAUAAUAUAUGUUGCAAUUUAAUACCUAGGUAUUUGCUCAUGUGAAAACUGAAAGUUGUUCUAAAGUUAGCGUGUGAAAAUUUGUAACUUUGAGGAACAACUUGUCUCGAUUCUUCACUUGUCUGUUUUGGCGUAGUUGGUGAAAGAACUGUGUGAUCUGACACAAAUGGAAUAAGUCGCUCCAAAACGGUUCACAGUGUGCUUCACAUGGUGGCAUCCGUCACUUAGAACAACUCUGAGCAUUGUCGGAAGUCAGUGAGGGACCUUUGAGAGAAAAAAAAAAAAAAGCCUUGCCUGUGGUCUUUCAUAUCUGAUAAAGAA